GAUUCUGACCUUCUGCGACCUGACGUCACAAAAAAAAAAUCAGUAUUCCUCCCGCUUCGGAUAUUCUCUUACUCAUUUUCCGGGAGGGGAAAAGAAAAUCGAAGUGAAAGUGACGGAAGGGAAAAGCAAAUAUGCCAGAAACAAUCAUCUUGAUAACAAGCAGUGAGGAGGAAGAAUAUGGAAGAGAUGACGCAGUGAAGUAUAAGGAGGAAGAGGACAGAUUGUUUGCAGAUCCGACUGAUUUUGACAACGACAAGGCCUUGUCGGAGGAUGAACUUCCUAGAAGGAGAAAGAAGAGGAAGAGAAGGAAAAACAAAAUUAAGCACUAUAUUGAGUUUCAUGUAGCUCAAGCGCAACUAAAUGUCGAUAAUGCAAAUCACAAAGAGGAUAAUCGCAAUUAUAGAGGUGUUGAAAUGGCUCGAGUGUUGAAAACGGAGAUACCAAAGAAAGAUGAACCUCAAAAGCUUGAGGUAUCUCCUGCCAUGCUAAAGGAGCAAAUCAAUGCGGCUAAUGUGGAAAGAGCAGAAGCACUAGCAGCUGGUAAUGGGGCUAACUCGGUGGUAGUGAUCGAUCUUAGUUCAUCUGAUUCCCAAAGUGAUGAAGGGAAUUCAAGAUAUUGCUGCGGUGUUGGAAAAAUGGCGCCAGGAGUGGCCAUCACAGGGACAAAGAAAAAGAAGAGGAGGAGAUGGAGAUGGAGAAGGAAGUUAAAAAUCAUCAAAGAAGAGACGACUGAUUUGCAGGCAGAUAGGCAAGAAUACCUGGACAUAGGAAAUUUCAUGGAAACAAAAUCAAUUGAGAUAGAAAACAAUAUUGUGCUACGACAGCUUCUUCGAAGACCAAGAUAUUUUGAUCAUCCAGGUAGCAGAUUGAGUCUAUGUCUUCAUUGUGGUGAAGAAUCCCAUACCAAAGAGAACUGUACACUGCAGAAGAAGAAAAAACCAUGCUACCGUUGCGCGAGUUUUGAACACAACGGGAAACGCUGUAGAAAGCUGUCCCAGGGUUACCUUAACCGCAAACAAAGUGGCAGUCAUUCUUUGGAGGAACUUCAUGACCAAAGAUCGAGUCCCAUUAGUUGUUUACGAUGUGGGGACUCUGGGCAUGAUAUGUUUUCAUGUGGGAAUGACUAUUCUGCCGAAGAUCUCAAGGAGAUACAGUGUUAUGUGUGCAGGAAUUAUGGUCACCUCUGUUGUGUUGACUUUCCUGAUAGCGGUGUAAUACAAGUUUCUUGUUACAACUGUGGCCAAUCUGGCCAUCUGGGCUCUGAAUGCACGAAGCCAUGUAGAGCCACCAAUGGCUCCAAAUCUCCUGCGUUGUGGUACAACUGUGGACAAGGUGGUCAUUUGGCAUGAAGAUGCAUUUAUUAUGCAGAGGAUGAAGAAAGAACAGUAAGUAUCCCGUUCUUGAACUCAAAAUCUUUAUCAGAGAAUGAAAAGUGCCUAUGAUAGCUGGUCAACUAAACUAGAGGCUUGAGUGGUGUACAAUGGGCUCCAUUGUUGAUAGAAAUGCUGGAUGGGUGAAUAGAGUUUACGGACUAACCCAACAACCUUAAAGGGCUAAUGCAGAUGGAUCUUUUCUAAGUUAUGGGUAAAGCAGGUAAGAGUUUGACCAUUAUCUUGGCAUUCCAAUUUCACAUAUUUACAAUUCAAGAUUUCAUUGUUAUGGCAUUGUAGCACCCACUAGUUAUAUUUAAAAUGUUAAGAUAAAUACGUAUGCAAGCCUCAUGGGUAGGCGGUAGCAACUGAGAAGUAACAUCCUUUAGCUA